UUGCCUCUCCUCUUAAUCCGUGAAAUCUGGAACAAGAACCGCGUGGCGAAGCAAGCCGGUACCAGUGGCACCGAGGAACUCGGUACCAGCGGAGGUCUCUUCGAGGAACAAAAUUCGCUCUUACCGGCGUGCCAGAUCGUUCCGUCGAUUCUUCCCUGCCGCGACAACCACCUGUCGACCGAGUUUUCAACGCUGCUGAGUCGGGAUCAACCGCGCGAGAACACGGGAACCUCAAGUGACUCUACAGCUUUAGAGGAUCAUCCGAGAGACACCAGGAUUCUCGAAGUAAUCUGAACCGAGGAGAGACAACAACGAAAAGACUGUUUCCGAGGGAACCCGAAGGGACUCCCUAGACUGCUGAGACGUCAGAAGCACCGUGGACCUGUCUACAGUGAAAACACGGGCAACAAGAGGCGGUCAGCCAGAGAAUGCUACAAGACUGACCGCGAACGGUUCAAGGAGGCAAAGAGACACAGGCCUGAUCGCAGUGUGCAGAAUUGAACGGACAGUAGCCGGACCAAGGCGGAAGGUAUCGAAGUGUCUGUUGUGCCGGUUAGAGAUAGCCAGUUGAACAUGUCGAGAAGUUGCGCGAGCGCGUCCUCCGGGCGAGGCGGCGCGAAGAGGAUGGUCAUGCUGGGCCUGGUGCUGCUCAUACUUUUGGACAGCGUGACCGCCAUCCCCUACAAGCGGUCGUUGCUCAGGCUGUGCUCGAGGAGUCUGAGCGACGCGCUUUAUCUGGCGUGCAAGGGCCGCGGAUACAACGAGCCGUUCUCGUACAGCAGCGAGGACGACCCGCAGGAGUCAGUCGGGCCGGGCUUAGCGGAGGAGUGCUGCUAUCGACAGUGUACCCUCGCGCAGCUGGAACAGUACUGCAAGCCGAAGAACAACAGUACCACGGACGCCGUAAAGAAGUCGGGCUGGAUAGUGAAUUCAGUGUAUCCCUCCGUGAGGCCGGGAACAUCGUCGGAGGAGAGAUCGAGGUCCGAUAUCGACUACGUCGCCGGCCCGAUUAAAUGUAAGAUCCACGGGCUGAAGGGGGCACGGAAAAAGGGAACUAACCCGGACCGCGACGAUGUCGUCGGCUGCGAUGGGAAGAGCUCCGUGAAGAGGCAUCGCGGCGGCCAUUGCGGCGGGUGCCGGCAUCGACGACAGAGGCGUCGUCGUCUUGGCAAGAUAUCAGAAACAACGUUGCCCGAUAAAUCUUCGAGGAGCUACGCGUUGAGCGGUGGAGCGUCGGCGAGCAAGGGUUCGCCUUACCCUUAAGGUUCCCGUGUCGUCACGGAGUCAUCAUCACUUUCGAUCGUUCCGUCGCCUUUCUUCUUCGCUCUUCUGCGUCACGGAAACGGGGAACAGAGGAGAAGGCUCGGGUUGACGGGAGGAAGAGGGAAACGUCGGAGGAACGACGGUCAAGACCGAACGGAGUCGGAAGUGGACGCGAGCGAUCAAUCAAUCAAUCAGCCGAUCAAUCAAUCAAUCAAGAAGACGUCUAGUCCCAUGAAACAGUGAUAAUUGGUCAUCGUAUUAACGGUUAGACGAGGCAGCUUCGAGCUGCAGUCGUCCCCUCGUCGAGUCCACGGGACACGAGACUCGGGAUCGAAGAAGUAGAAGAAGAAGAAGAAGAAGAAGAAGAAGUAGUAGUAGUAGUAGUAGUAGUAGUAAAAGGAGAAGAAGAAGAAGAAAAAAGAA